CAAAAUGGCGGCCCCCACGGAUAACGUGUCGGAUGAUGUCAGUGACGACGAACUGAAUCUAUUCUCAUCGAAUUUUGAUCCCUUACGAGCUCUGUAUUCGACUAAUGACCCUGUUCAGUUCCCAGACGUUCGAGUUUUUAACAAUGUUGCAGAAUACGAAAGCAAAGUACAAGGAAAAGGGCGAGCUCGCCAAGAUAAUCAAGUGUCAAUGUCCCUAAAUCCACCGAGCCAGACAGCAAGUGGACCUAAAGCUCCCCCACAGAAACCGUCUGCUCCAGGCAGACAGGGCCCCAGACAGGUUCUACAGAUGCCCGACGCCAGUAUGCAUAGUGCUAGACGUAGGAUGCUGAGGAAUGUGUUGACACGAAUGGAUCAAAGCUUCAUCAGUGGGCCACUGAGUAUCUUGCGGCGCUGUGUUCAGGAGAAGCUGCAGACAUACAUAUGGACUCGCAGCGCAUGUAGUGUUCGAGGGAUUCUCAGAGGAUAUGUUAUAGCCUUCGACAAACACUUUAAUUUGGCAAUGAUUGAUGUUGAUGAAGUCUACAGAAUUCCAAGUGUUUGCAGGAAGAAAAUGAAAAAAAGUAAAGAUGUAAAAAAAGAUCCUCUGGCUGAGGAAGAAUCUGCAGAUGUAGAGAUGGAAGAAGCUGAUGCAAGAGCAACACGUUGCAGUGAUGAUCAACGCAGACAUUCAAAACCGGAGAGACUUUCCUUCACACAAACGUCCCAUCACUCUACCUCAACAACUCGUUCACACCAAGCCUCCAGUAAGGUGUCGCAUAGUGAAAAACCUCUGCCAUGUGAAGCAGCAUGGCUUGGACUGAGACCAGACGAUGUUCAGUGGCGACAUGUGAAUCAGUUGUUCAUAAGGGGAGAUAAUGUGGUGUGUGUCAAUCUUGUUGGUACUUGAAUGAGAGAACUCAAAUAAAAACUGUUGUAUUUGGUU